AAGCCGGCAAAGGACGUGCUACACGACUUCUCUUUAGCAACGAACAUCUGUACCGAGCGGUGGAGUUGAAGAACGUUUUCGCUGUUGGACUUAGUUUUAAGAAAUUUUUCCAUAAUGUCCUGGCAAAAUUACGUUGAUAAUCAAAUCUGUAAUCAAGUCGAGUGUAGAAUAGCUGUAAUCGCUGGGCUACAAAACGGAGGAAUAUGGGCGAAAUAUGAAAUGGGAAGUAAUACACCGAUAACUGAGACAGAAGUCAGAUCAAUUAUAGAAAAAAUGAAGUCCAACCCCACAUUGUUCCAAGAAACUGGUAUUCACAUUGGAGCAGAAAAGUACAUCUGUUUAAAAGCAGAAGACAAUCUUUUACGAGGCAGGAAGGGAAGUUCAGCACUUUGUAUAGUUACCACAGAACAAUGUCUUAUUGCAGCAGCUACAACUGAUGGUGUCCCUCCAGGGAGGCUUAAUAUGGUUGUAGAGAGAUUAGGAGACUACUUGAGAAUGUCAGGCUACUGAGUGUUUCCACCUUCCAACAGUGUAAGAACUUCCACUUCCUGUCAAGGCUUCCAGCACAAAAUGUCAGUGUUUUCAGUCCAACCUGUAUAUCAUAAUGCCAACCCAUUCUUUCUUUGACCUCUGCAGUACUUACAUUGGACUGAAUUCUGGAUGUGCUAGUCAUAAUAGUGAUAUUUAGAGGAAGUGGAAGAAGGAAAGUGUUACUUCAUGGCCUAGGAUAUUCUUGUAUGUCUUGCAUUGUGCUUCAGUCAUUGAUUUUAUACAGUUUCACCCCAGCUUAAGUAGUUCCAAUUGCAAAAAAAAAAGAAGAGUAAAGCUAUGCAGUAGAUUAUUGUCUACCACCAAGAAAAUAUUCGUGUCAGUCUUUUAAACUAAUAUUUCUUAAUAUCUGAGCUGAACAAAUGUGUUUUGACAUUGCUUUUAACCUCUAAAGGUUAACAAUUUUUUUUUACUUACAUGUGAGAUUUAAAAAUUGUUUGUCAUUGAAUAAAGCUUAACCUUUUUUUUUGUGUAAAAGUAUUGUUGCAUUUAAAACAAUAAGAGCAGCUUUCAGUGUCAAUCUUUUUUUUUUAAGAUUGCAUAAUAUAUUCCUUGUGCCAAGGGCUAAUAUCACGUACUGGAUUCUAUCGUACAGUUUUGUAUCAAGCUUUCUGGGUAUCGUAAUAUAAUAAAUAUUCAUUCCAGUGAA